GUUCGUUGAUUUGGGUUGAGUUACUGAACAUAUCGACCCUGUUCUACGGUCCACCAUCGUCUGGCUGUCGCACCAUACAAUCACCGUAUCUACGAUGGCACCCUACUCAGGAUCUCUCCAGAUUAAAAAGAAAUCCGAACUACAAGACAUCGCUGUUGCACUUCGCAUCAGUGACAAGGGAACGCGAGAGGAGCUCCAGUUGCGAAUCAGAAAAUACCUGGAUGACAACCAGCAGCUCGAGGAUGACCCGGCAUUUUCUGGGCUUUUUGGUAAGCGGAAGAGGAGUAUCCAGCCACAACCUGCAACAGCGGUGCCUCGUUCCGUUCCGUCAUCGACUUCCGAGGAAGUACUCGUCAAAUCGUCAGAGAGUCCCAAGCACACGCGGUCUACUCGUCGGUUUAACGCCCUUGACAUCGUCCGCGAGAGUACCCCUGUCCCGGAAGCCCGCGAGGUGUCGAUGAUGUUGAAGAAGGCACCCGUUUCUCCGGAAGCUGGCGCGUUGCAGAUUGAGACAACGCAGACGCCUGCGACGAGAAAUGUCGACGAAGCCCCUCUGUCCGCUGCUCCGAAGAGUGUCUUGCGGGCUAUCCCCACGCCAUCUGUGGAGCAGGCUGUUGGCUCUUUGAAGAGGGUUCGGACCGAUGCGAACCAAGCUGCCAAGCAGCUUUUGUUCUCGUCUAGAACGGUGCUCUCCAGUUCGACGAAUAUAUGGUGGAUAUCUAUGGUCCUCGAGUUACUGUAUAUUUUGUACGUCGUCAUUCCAUGGAAGACGGUCGAGUUCCUGCCGCUGCAAAUCAUUGGGGUCAACAACUUCCAUAUUUUUAUCUCCUACGCUCCCCUCGCCACCUUUGGUUCCCCUACGUUUUGGACGAUUCUCAUCCACUGGGCCAUCCCUACUGUCGUCAUUCCAGCUCUUGCUGGCUCUCUAGUCUCCUUCCAACCCGGCAACUCGCCGUCUGCACGUGCUCCCCACACCCUGUAUUUCGAUCCCCUCACGGCAUCGGUUAUACGCGUGGCGGUACACUACGCUUAUCCUUACGAUACAUUCAAGUCCCGGGUGGAGUGUGUCGACAUCCUCGGGGCCCAGUGGCGUCUCCUGCAUGCUUCAGUUAUUGCCGCGCUCGCAUUCGCUGAGGCUGUUGCUGUUGCUCCUCGUGCAUAUGCAGAAAGCAAGCUCCGCCGAACAGGAGCGCCAAAACGACUGACUAUGGGCGAGGCCUCUCAACCUUAGGUACUACUUCAUCCUCUCCCCAUGUAGUCUAUGUCAUGUCAUGUAUCUUAUCUUUUUUUCAUUCGUUCUUCUGUUACAUGUCAGUGAUUUCGUGUUAUUGUUGGUUGCUGUCGUGUUUAUUUUUCUGUAUUUCGUGUCUUUGCGUAUUGUUUGACAUUCGUAUGAUCGAGGAUGAUUAGUACCGGGGAAACCUCUUACUUCGUUGUGAUCGUUGGAUACUUCACGACUUAUUUAUAUUCCGAGUCUGGCACCGCUAUGUUACUGAAAUGACCU